AUGGAUAUAAUCGUCACAGGGUGCGACGCCGCUAUGCCUAGUCAGAUCGCAAUUUCACGUAGAAAAUCGGUUUACUGGUGGACUACGGAGAUUGCGCUGCUCAGGACUGAAUGUCUACGUCUUAGGAGACAGGAAUUUACGUCGCGAAAUCGAGAUACGAGGCAGCAGAAGAAUGACGAGUAUAAAGCGGCAAAGAAGCGACUCGUCAAUGCGAUCAAGGUGAGCAAAGAGAGAUGCAGGAAAGCGGUCUGUAGAGAAGUAGAUGACGACCUAUGGGGAAACGGCUAA